AUGGAUUUAGUCAACUCAGCUCUUAGGAAAAACAACACUUUUGUGCAUCCUGAUUAUUUUAUAAUAGGUGGAUUUACUGACAUACCCAAUAUGAAGUAUUAUUAUGUCUUUCUCUUUGUUGUUUAUAUAGUUUCAGUUCUGGGAAACACAGUUGUGAUGGUAAUAAUAUGCUUUGAUUAUAAUCUGAGAACUCCAAAAUAUAUUGCUGUUUUUAACCUAGCAUUUACAGACCUGAUUGGUAGCUCUGCUUUGGUGCCGAAGGUUCUUGACAUUUUCCUGUUUGACCAUCCCUACAUCUCCUACGGUGACUGCUUGACAUUCAUGUUUUUCUGCAACACCUGCUUUUCAAUGGAACCUCUUAAUCUGGUUGCACUCUCUUAUGACAGAAUGAUAGCUAUCAUCUUUCCAUUACACUAUCAAGUUAAAGUCACCCACAGGUUCAUGUUUUCUUUGAUUGCCUCUUUCUGGCUCUUUGUCAUUACUGUUAUUCUCAUUGAAGUCGGCCUUCUCACAGGACAUUCCUUUUGUCAGUCUGUGGUCAUUAACAGCUAUUUCUGUGACCAUGGCCCAAUAUACCGACUGGCUUGUGAUGAUAAAACACCUGACUUGAUUAUUAGUAUGUUGUUAUCAUUUCUUAUUGUUUGGUUUCCACUGGUAUUCAUUGUGUUUACUUACGUAUAUAUCGGCUAUGCUUUGACUAAGGUGGCCACAAUUCAUGAGAGAGUGAAGGCUUUUAAAACCUGCACUGCUCAUCUGUCAUUAGUGGCAAUUUAUUUCUUCCCAGUAAUAAUAGCUUUUGCCUCACUGGGAAACUUACAUCCAAAUGCCAGGAUCAUAAGUCUGUCUCUGACCUCUGUAAUUCCUCCCACAUUGAACCCAAUCAUUUAUGUUCUGCAGACAAAAGAAAUCAAAGAAUCUGUAACAAAAUUGUUUCCAAUCAGUGGGCAGUUCAAAACUGCCAUGAAAAUAUAA